AUGCAACUGUCGUUUCAACCAAUUGGAGAACAAAAGAGAGGCGUGUGCGUUCCUUUUGGGAAGAAGAAGACAACGAGAAAGGAUAACACGAUGACAAUGAUGCGCAGAGUGUUACGAGGAGGAAAACGAGGAGGUGUUUUAGUACCUGUGUCUCUUUCCUGGGGAGGAGGAGGAAAGAGAUGCAGUCACUCCUUCGUGGGAGGUUUUGUGGGAAUACCUAAGACGCCUACGUCUUGGCGAAGAGGAGGAAUACUUUUACGAACGUUCGCAUCUUCGUCUUCGGUUGAAUCUAUAUAUGGCAGGUCAAGUUUGAAUUCGAGUGCUGAUGAACGAAAGAAGUCUUUAGUCAUCGUGGAAUCUCCGGCGAAAGCGAAAACGAUUGAAAACUAUCUCGGUAAGGACUACCGCGUGCUCGCGACGAGAGGACACGUGAGAGACUUGGUGAACAAAGAAGGGAGCGUUGAUUUUAACAACAACUUCGAGAUGAAGUGGACUGCGACCGUGCAGAAUGCGAAAUAUAUGAGGGAGAUUUACGACGCGUGCAAGAAGUGCGAUGCGGUGGUUUUAGCGACCGAUCCGGAUAGAGAAGGCGAGGCGAUCUCGUGGCACGUGCUGGAGAUGUUGAAGAAGAAGAAGCUGUUGAGCGGCGAGGAUAAAAAAGCAACGACGACGACGACGUCGUCGAGUGGUAGCAGUAGUAGUAAGAGUAAGAGUAAGCACGUAUCGAGAGUGACGUUUACGGAAGUCACGAAGAAUGCAGUUUUAGAGGCGUUCGGGAAACCAAGGGAGAUUGAUUUACGGUUAGUGGACGCGUAUUUAGCGCGAAGAGCUUUAGAUUAUUUAUACGGGUUUACGUUGAGCGGCGUGCUUUGGAGAAAGUUACCGAACGCGACCAGUUUGUCGGCUGGAAGAGUGCAAUCGGCGGCGUUGAGAUUAGUCGUGGAGAGAGAAACGGAAGUCGAGGCGUUCGUUCCGAAACCGUAUUGGUCGGUCCAGGCGACUUUAGGCGGGGAAAGCAGUCCAGACAGGAGCGCGUUCGACGCAAAGUUGCUCAGUUUCGAAGGGAAGAAAAUUUCAAAGUUUACAAUCGAAAGCGAUGAGAACGCGGCAGAAAUGGUGCGACGCAUCAAAAAUACGCGCGCGUGGAUAGUGAAAGAAGUGACCGAGAAAGAAACGAAACGAUCGGCGGGACCGCCGUUUACGACGUCGACGAUGCAACAAGAAGCGUCCAAGCGUUUAGGUUUCGGGGCGUCGAGGUGCAUGAGCGCCGCGCAGAAACUCUACGAAGGAGGCAGUUUUGGCGAUGGUUUAAUCACGUACCCGAGAACGGACGGGACGCACGCGUCAAAAACUGCCGUAGCGGAGAUGCGCAAAGUCAUCGAAGGCAUCUUCUCUAAGCAGCACGUUCCGGAUGAACCUCGAUAUUUUAGAAAGAAGCAGAAGAACGCGCAAGAAGCGCACGAGGCGAUUCGACCAACGUCUGCCGCGCGACAUCCCAAAGAGGUUGGUAAAAGACUUGGUGAAUUUUCCGACGAGGCGCGUUUAUACGCUUUGAUUUGGGCGCGCUCAAUGGCGUCUCAAAUGAGCUCCGCCACGGUGGAGAAAAUCGCGUUGGACGUGCACAACAACGAAUCGGAGAAGAAGAAAGAAAUAGUGUUGCGCGCGAACGGGCACAGGUUGACGUUUGAAGGAUAUUUAGCCGCAUAUAAUGUCGUCAGCGCGAGAAGAGGAAAAGAGGACGAUCCCGAAGACGCUCAAGUGAAUGAAGACGAUGAUGGUGAUGAAAAGGAUUCGAACGAGGACGACGACGAUGAAGACGAUUCAUCAUCGGCGGCGUCAACGUCGUCGCCUGGAAACGAAUCGUGGCUUCCCAAAUUGAACCAAGGCGAUUCGAUUUACGUCGCCGAGUGUUCUCCGUCCCGCCACGAAACGGCACCACCGCCGAGAUUUUCCGAAGGAACGCUCGUUAAAGCUCUGGAAGAGCGAGGCAUUGGUCGACCGUCGACGUACGCGUCCGUGCUUCGCGCGUUAGUCGCCCGAGGCUACGUCGCUAAGAACGGCGCCCAACUCGUUCCCGAUUCCAGAGGGAUUCUCGUCUCUGCGUUUUUAGCUUCGUACUUCUCCAAGUACGUGGAAUACGAUUUCACGGCGACGAUGGAAGAUACCUUAGACGAUGUUGCCAACGAACAGAAGCGAUACACGGACUUACUGACGGAUUUCUGGACGCCGUUUAAAAGCGAGUGCGAGGAAGUCUCGACGGUUGAAGUUCGGGCCGUGGUAGACGCGCUCGACGAGCGGUUGGGCAUGCAUUUAUUCGGUCGCGUCGAUGAGGACGCGGAGGAAGGCGCAAAUAGAAAGUGUCCGAGUUGUGAAAACGGCCGACUCGGGUUGAAACCAUCCAAACAAGGUGGUUUUAUCGGGUGCUCCAACUACCCCGCGUGUUCGUUCACGGCUCCGUUGCGUCCUCUGAAAGGAUUGGGAGACGAGAAUUCCGAAAGCGCGCAAAUGGAAGCGUUUCCGAAAAGUCUCGGAUUCAUGCCAAAUACGAACAACAUGAAAGAAGUCGUCAUGAAGAUGGGACCGUAUGGACCGUACGUAGAAUUAGUCGAUCAUACCAUCGUCGUGCCAUCGGCAGAGCAGGUGGUCGAAGACGAGAGCGAGGAAGAAGACGGAAGCGAAAAGAAAAAGACAAAAAAGACAAAAAAGGCAACACAAAAAGCUGAGAAACCAAGACGCGUCGGCGUUUCGAACAUCGGCAAAAAACCGGAAGAAGUAACGCUCGAAGAUGCUCUGUACUUUCUCGCGUUUCCCAUUCACCUCGGCGAACACGCCACUGAGGCGUUCGUCGACGAGGAAAAAGAAAUCAACCGCGAAGCGCACUGCGGCGAAGUGACGUUGAGUUUAGGUAAAUUCGGGUACUACGUGAAAUUCGGCGAAACUCUCGCUUCGAUUCCCGCAAAGUUCAUGCGCGAGGAGUUACAAAACGACCCCAGAAAUAUGACGUUAGCGCAAGCGAAGGAUUUGAUCGAGAAGAAACGCAGGAAACCGGACAGCACUCGGACCAAAGGACGAUUCGCGUCCAAGGCGGCGAAAGAAAAGGUCGCGAAAGAAAAAGCCGAGAAGAAGAAGCAGCGAGCGGCGAAAGCGAAGACGACAAAGACGACGACGACGAAAAAAGCCACCUCGAAAGAAAGCGACGUAAACGACGAAAAGGAAACGACGCCGAAGAGAAAGAAACCGCUCACGGCGUAUUUUCAAUUCGCAAAAGACAACAGAGAAAACGUCAAGAAGGAAAACCCCGGAGUCUCGCUCGGCGAAGCUUCGAAAAAAUUAGGCGCCAUGUGGAAAGAAUUAGACGCGACGACGAAAUCAAAAUACGAAACCGACGCCAAGAGUCGAUUGGAGCAGUUCAAGCGCGAAGAAGAGAAUACAGUCGCGAACUAG